CACAGACACACACGGGCUGGAUUUAAAUCGUGCUCAUCUCAUCUCUCUCUCUGCGUGCAUUCCCAUUGGUUUUUGAGUACAGCAUCCUGACGCCUCGGCUUUCUCUACCUUGCACAUCACGUUUUGCAUCACGUUUUUUCCCCGCAGAUAUCAGACAGUUUGAUGGACACUUUAGAGAGGAAUUUAAACUUUAUAAAGCGUGGUUGUCAAAGCGCAAAGUAGUCAGCACAUUCACGUUUAAAGUCAGCCUCAGAAAGGAUGCUGAGCGUUACGCGGAGUCGGUGCUGUUGGAUGUUGACGCUGGUGAUCGCAGCGAUGCGGAUGGGAGACGGGACCGAGGCGCAGGGCAACGCCAUCAAAUCACUGGAGCCGCUGACUGCCACCGCGAACCGCACCAGCGCGAUCCCGAGGAAAGACAACAUGCGCGCACAGGGAUACCCGUGCAGCAGUGAUCAGGAAUGUAUGGUUGGAAGUUACUGCCACAACCCUCAACACGGCCCAUCUCGGUGCCUCACCUGUCGCAGGAGGAAGAAGCGUUGUCACAGAGAUAGCAUGUGUUGCCCUGGCAACCGCUGCAGUAACUAUAUCUGUAUCCCUGUUUCGGAAAGCGUUCUGUCCUCUCAUAAAUCUCACUUGGAUGAACAAAACAAGCUUUCUGUCAAAGACAAAAGCUGGAGGAGGAAUGGAAAAGCCAAGAUCUCGCUUAAAGGUCACGAGGGCGAUCCUUGUCUGCGGUCCUCCGACUGCUCCGAGGGCCACUGCUGCGCCCGUCACUUCUGGACGAAAAUCUGCAAGCCGGUGCUGCGUCAGGGCGAAGUGUGCACGAAGCAACGCAAGAAGGGCUCGCACGGCCUUGAGAUCUUCCAGCGCUGCGACUGCGCCAAGGGCCUGGCCUGCAAGGUGUGGAAGGACGCCACUUCCUUCUCUCGAUCCAGGCUGCACGUCUGCCAGAUGAUCUGAGACGGGAGGCCCCUGCUAACAAACUGCACCUUGGGGCCCCCGCGUCCCGCUGAGGAGGGAGCGGGCAACGACUCCCUUUUCCCAGGACUGACUCGGCUGUGAUAAAAACUGAUACGCAGAUGGACGCGUGCCUGGACAUGGUCGGUUUGGGAAGGGUUACAAACUAACGGAUGCUUUCUUGUACGAAAUGAUUUGCUGCACAUGUUUCACUGUAGCAAGAUUUUAUGAUCUACAAGCCAUAUUUAUCACUGAUGUCUUCGGUACAAGCUCGGACUCUGUUUCAAUCGAUCUGUGCACUCGACAUAGACUAAGAAUGGGUUACGAUUCACUUCGGAGGUGGUUGUUAAUUGUGGUCCCACAUGUUUUUUCGAUUUUGGUUAUUAGCUUGGUCACCCACCAAGGGGAUAAAGGGUAGUUCUCCCAAAAAAAUGCAAUCAUUUAUUCAUCCUUAUGUCAUUGAAAACCUGUAUAUUACUAUAUCUUCUUUAAAAACACAAGAGAAGAUAUAUUGAGAAAUCUAUAUCAAGGUUUCUUGUUGCCAAUUUUCUACAAAAUAUCUUAUUUUGUGUUCUGCAGAAGAGAAAAGGUCAUACAGGUUUGGAAUGGCAUGAAGGUGGACAAAUGGAUGAGCCGUUCUCACAUUUACACUUUUUUUUAAUGCCAGGCCCUUCUUAAAGUGCACUUUGAGUAUGCUUGUAUAAGACUAUAUGUGUAGAAACAAAAGAAGGUUUUUAAGUUCCAUACUAUUACUUCACGAUCCUGAGAAAUAUGAUAAUUUGUUCAGAUUUACUCAAUAUAGUAGAUUUUUUCGAUAGUAAAUAUCAAGUUUAUUCUUAUUAUCAAGGGAAGUUGUUUACACUAUGAGUGGUGAAUGUUUCGCGAAUCAGGCCAUCAUGAAUCAGAGGCCGUGCUUUGUUCUUUAAAAUGAUAUUAUUAUAUAAUUUUUUCUGUGAUCCACACCACCUUUCAGCUAAAGUGAAAAAGAAUAAAAAUACUUAUAAGCUCUUAUAUUGUAAAUAACAUGAAAAUAUUUCAGAUUGUAUUUAAAAUGCAGUUGUAUAUCAUGUAUAUAUUGGGGGAACCCUAAAGACAUUAAACGUGUUUCUUUUGUGAGAUCAUCAACUGUUUUUACGCUGAAAAUAUAUGAAAAAAAUCCCAGUGCAGGACCGUUGCCAUUAAAUUAUUUACAGAACACUUUUCUCAACUCAUCCAGAGCUGAUGUUGUGUUUUUGUUUAAAUGUCUGUUUUCUUGGGUUACUCGUGACUUUGUUUCCAUGUUGUAACUCGCUGUUCUGAUUCUGUCUCAAUUGUGUAUUUACAGUGAUUUACACAGAUUAAAGAAUGUAUUUUGUAUUACAA